AUGAUUGCAGGACGCGGCAGGCAGCGCAUAAGGCCCCCGCGCAGGGGUCUGCACGGCGACGAGAUUGAUUUCGAAAAUACCUGGGCAACUAUCGAAGCUGCUUUCCGCGAAAUUCACACCAAGAAUGCUUCGAAGCUAUCGUACGAGGAGCUGUAUCGCCACGCCUACCGCAUCGUCUUGAAAAAGAAGGGUGGAGACCUGUAUCAGAAUGUCCACAACUUUGAGCGCAAAUGGCUGGGUAGCGAGGUCCGCGCCGGCAUUCAGCAGCUGCUCUCGCCAAACCUCCUCGUGGGUGCGCAGAGUUUGGGUGGCACAACAGCGAACGAGCGCCGAGUUGCAGGCGAGAAAUUCUUGAAAGGCUUGAAGCAGGCUUGGGGCGAUCACCAGGUCUGCAUGAGCAUGCUGGCAGAUGUGCUCAUGUAUAUGGACCGUGUCUACUGCGCAGAUCAUCGACGGCCCUCGAUCUUCAACGCCGCUAUGGUCCUUUUCCGCGAUGAGAUCCUGCGCUCGCCUGUUUCCGAUCAUGAUGCGCGAUGGCUUCUUGGUCUGCUGAAUCAUGUCAUCCUCGACCAAAUCCAGAUGGAGCGUGACGGCGAUGUUAUUGACAAGCAUCUUAUCAAGUCGUGUGUAUGGAUGCUCGAGGGACUGCACGAAGAUGAGACAGAGUCAGAAGAGCAACGCCUCUACAAUGUUUCUUUCGAGCGAGAGUAUCUGGAUACUAGCAGGGAAUUCUACAAACGCGAGUCGGAGCUUCUGCUGCGCGACUCUGAUGCUGGUGCGUACUGCAGACACGCUCGGAGAAGGAUAUACGAGGAAGAUGAGCGAUGCAAGCAGACGCUACUGGAGAGCACUGGACCGAAGAUUCAGAAGGUCGUCGAGGAUGAGCUGAUCAAGAACCGGAUACACGAGCUGGUAGAGAUGGAGAGUGGAGUGAGGUACAUGAUCGACAACGACAGGUUGGAAGAGUUGAACGUCGUGUACGAUCUGAACAGGCGCGUCGAUGAGAAAAAGCUUGAGCUCACACAAGCAAUCCAGAAGCGAAUCGUGGACAUGGGCACAGACGUCAAUAACGACGCCAUCGCAGCAUCACAGGCACCCGCGCCUGUUCCCGCACCCGCACAAGCUGCCGAUCCUGCGGACAAGAACAAGAAAGUUGCACAGGAGAAAACCAUCAACCAGCAGACAGUCGCUGCUAUCAAAUGGGUGGAGGAUGUCCUCAUGUUGAAGGAUAAGUUCGAUCGUAUCUGGCGGGAGUCUUUCGAAGCGGACGGCCUUCUGCAGCAAGCAGUGACCAGGAGCUUUGCUGAGUUCAUCAACUCACCAACCUUUCCACGAUCCUCCGAGUACAUUUCGCUUUUCAUUGACGAAAACAUGAAGAAAGGUAUCAAAGGCAAGACGGAGAUGGAAAUUGACGCUGUACUCGAAAAGGCAAUCAUUCUCCUGCGAUAUGUCCAAGACAAGGACCUGUUCGAGCGGUACUAUAAGAAGCAUCUUUGCAGGCGCUUGUUGAUGAACAAGUCGAUCAGCAACGAAGUUGAGAAGCAGAUGAUUUCGAAGAUGAAGAUCGAACUCGGAAACAAUUUCACAUUGAAGCUGGAGGCUAUGUUCAAAGACAUGACUAUCUCUGAGGAGCUUACUGCAGGAUUCAAGAAGCAUGUCGAAGGACUUGGCGAGAAGGAUCCCAAGCGCAUCGACCUUAACAUCAACGUACUCACCAGUAUGACAUGGUCACUCGAAACGAUUGGGGGUACAGCCGAAGAUGGAGAAGGCCGACCGCGGUGCAACUUCCCGACAGCUGUGGAGAAGGUCAAGCGUGGGUUUGAGAAGUACUAUAACGAGAAGCACUCUGGCCGACAGCUCACCUGGCUCGCCAACAUGGGAUCGGCGGACAUCCGAGCUACGUUUAAGAAAGUACAGCAGAAGGACGGUUCAUACAAGGAACGUCGUCACGAGCUCAACGUACCAACCUACGGCAUGGUCAUCCUCCUGCUCUUCAACGACUUGGCUGCGGAUCAGCACCUGACCUUUGAGGAGAUUCAAGCGCAGACGAACAUUCCACCCAGCGACCUGGUCAGAAAUCUGCAGUCUCUCGCUGUCGCACCGAAGACGCGCAUCUUGGUCAAAGAGCCCAUGUCCAAGGACGUGAAGCCGACCGAUAAGUUCUUCUUCAAUGACGGGUUCAAUGGCAAAUUCGUCAAAAUCAAGGUUGGUGUAAUCAGCAGCGGAAACAAGGUCGAGAGCGACCGAGAACGACGAGAGACGGAGAAGAAAAACGACGACUCACGACAGUUCUGCAUCGAGGCAGCAGUCGUUCGAAUCAUGAAACAACGUAAGGAACUCUCGCAUCAGCAGCUCAUUCUUGAGACCCUUAGCCAGCUGGCCGGUCAGUUCAAGCCCGAAGUCAACAUGGUAAAGAAGCGUAUAGAGUCGCUUAUCGAGCGCGAGUAUCUUGAGCGCAUCGACGGAGCGAAGGUAGAUUCGUAUCGAUACCUUGCGUAG